AUGGCUAAAAUCUUCUGUUCUCUUAUUUUUGUUUGUGCUUGCUUUGUUCUUUCCACUGCUGGUAGAAUUAAUCACAGAUUCUUAGGUCAUGAUGAUGCAACCCCAACUGGCUCAAACUUUACCUUUGUUUGUGACCAUUCAAGGUAUACUAGUUUGGGUUUAGAUGUGUCAAACUUUGCAUUUUGUAAUAAGUCAUUGCCCUAUGAAGUUAGAGCAACUGAUUUAGUUAAUCAAAUGACCCUGUAUGAAAAAGUGCGUCAGCUCGGGAAUAAAGCUUAUGGGGUUCCUAGGUUAGGGCUUGCUGAAUAUGAGUGGUGGUCAGAGGCUCUUCAUGGAGUGUCAAAUGUUGGUCCAGGAACCUUUUUCGAUGAUUUGAUUCCUGGUUCAACAAGUUUCCCUACAGUGAUUACCACUGCAGCAGCAUUCAAUGAGUCAUUAUGGAAGGUUAUUGGCCAGGCUGUUUCAACGGAAGCAAGAGCUAUGUACAAUCUAGGUCGGGCUGGGUUAACAUUUUGGAGUCCAAAUAUUAAUGUCGUGAGGGAUCCUCGAUGGGGAAGAGCCCUUGAGACACCAGGAGAAGAUCCAUACCUUGUUGGUAGAUAUGCUGUUAAUUAUGUGAGAGGCUUACAAGAUGUUGAGGGAUCUGAGAAUUACACAGAUCCGAAUUCUAGACCUCUCAAAGUCUCCUCAUGUUGCAAGCAUUAUGCUGCCUAUGAUGUUGAUAAUUGGAAAGGAGUUGAACGUUAUACCUUUGAUGCUAGAGUGUCAGAACAAGAUAUGGUGGAGACAUUUCUUCGACCCUUUGAAAUGUGUGUUAAGGAUGGUGAUGUUAGUAGUGUCAUGUGUUCUUACAAUCGCGUUAAUGGCAUACCUACUUGUGCUGAUCCAAAGCUUUUGAAUCAAACUAUCAGAGGAGAUUGGGAUCUACACGGAUACAUCGUUUCUGAUUGUGAUUCCAUACAAGUGAUGGUUGAUAACCAUAAAUGGCUUCAUGAUGGCAAAGAGGAUGCAGUUGCGCAAACACUUAAAGCAGGUUUGGAUUUGGAUUGUGGACGUUACUACACCGAAAACGUUGAAGCUGCAGUUAAACAAGGAAAGGUUAGCGAGGCAGACAUAGACAAGUCCCUAAAAUUUCUCUAUGUGGUGCUAAUGAGACUAGGCUUUUUUGAUGGAAUCUCCCAAUACAACUCUCUUGGCAAGAAUGAUGUGUGCUCUAAGGAAAACAUUGAGUUAGCAACCGAAGCAGCAAGGGAGGGUACCGUUCUUCUGAAGAACGAAAAUGAUAGUCUACCUUUGAGCCCUAACAAAGUUAAAACCUUGGCAGUGAUUGGACCUCAUGCUAAUGCUACCUCAGCUAUGAUUGGAAACUAUGCAGGUAUUCCAUGUCAAAUCAUCACACCUAUUGAUGGGUUAUCAAAAUAUGCGGAAGUGGAUUACCAAAUGGGAUGCGAAGAUGUUGCAUGCAAGAACGAGAGCUUUAUAUUCCCAGCAAUGCAAGCUGCAAAGAAAGCUGAUGCUGCUAUAAUUUUAGCUGGCAUAGAUUUGUCUGUUGAGGCUGAGAGCCUUGAUAGGGAUGACCUUCUCCUUCCUGGUUAUCAAACUCAACUUAUCAAUCAAGUUGCUAGUGUUGCCAAUGGCCCUGUUGUUCUUGUACUCAUGUCUGCUGGAGGUAUAGAUAUCUCUUUUGCCAAGAGUAAUGAGAAUAUCAAAUCGAUUUUGUGGGUUGGAUACCCUGGAGAAGAGGGAGGUAAUGCUAUUGCAGAUGUUAUUUUCGGCAAACAUAAUCCAGGAGGAAGAUUACCACUCACAUGGCAUGAAGCUGAUUAUGUCGAUUUGCUUCCAAUGACCUCUAUGCCAUUGAGGCCAAUUGAUAGCUUAGGCUACCCAGGCCGAACUUAUAAGUUCUUUAAUGGAUCUACUGUUUAUCCGUUUGGAUAUGGGUUGAGUUAUACUCAAUUCACUUAUAAGUUGACAUCACCAUCAAGGUCACUUGACAUCAAAUUGGAUAAGUAUCAGUAUUGUUAUGAUUUGGAAUACAAAAAUGACUCUUUCAAACCUUCUUGUCCUGCAAUUCGAGUUGAUGAUUUUGAGUCUGAUGAUCACUUUGGAUUUGAAGUUGAAGUUCAGAAUGUGGGUACCAAGGACGGGAGUGAGGUGGUCAUUGUCUAUGCAAAGCCACCGGAAGGAAUCGCUGCAACUUAUAUAAAGCAAGUCAUUGGUUUCAAGAGGGUUUUUGUUCCCGCUGGAGGCAGUGAAAAAGUGAAGUUUGAGUUUAAUGCCGGCAAGAGCUUACAAGUUGUGGACUUCAAUGCAUAUAGGGUUUUGCCUUCCGGUGGACACACCAUCGUGCUUGGAGAUGAUAUAAUCUCUUUUCCUCUCGAAAUAAAUUUUAACUAG